GCCUGCGAAGUGAAAAGGGGAAUCGGUGGGAUUAAAGGCAGUGGGAGAGAGGGGCUACAUGUGAGAUCUGACAAGGUGUUCCGUGUGGCCCUCCGGUGGGCUGUGCGGUGGCAUGUGACUUCACUGAGUAGGUGUCUUUGUAUGUCUGAAAUCCAGUGAGUGUGUGGGACUGCCCGUGUCAGCUACAUGUGUGCGUGUGGAGACGUAGAUGUUCUGGAGCCAUGUAUUCUUUGUGAGUGCUGAGCGGCUCCACUGUGCUCUUGUGUUGUCUCAAGAGUGCCAGAAUGUCCAAACACCAGGCCAUGUGUCUCCGGGUCGCGUGGGCGCUCCUCUGUAGCUGUGUGUGAAUUGGUGUCAGCCUGUGUCAGUGUGUGUGUGCUGUGUUGAGUAAAUGAGGCCAGGCCAGGGAGCUGCUUAGCGCAAGACCUGGGUUACAUACCGUCCUGGAAAAGGGAUCAUGGAAGGACAGUGACCAGAAGGACAUGACAGGGAGGAGAGGGCCCAGCCCCUUGUACUUUGGUCUCUGGUAGUCUCUCCCUCCCUGGCACUUUCCCUCCCUCCCCCCAUCAGUCCAGAUGAGAAACUCAGGCCAGAGCCUCGCAGACCUGGUGCUGGGGCCCGGAGAGUAGCUGACUAACUCCUGGCUCUCCAGCCCCGGGAUGGAGGGGGAAGCCCACCAACCAGUAGAAGUGCUAUAUCUGCCAUGUGGCAAAGAAAUGAGGACAACCAAGUGGCACGAAUAAACGUAGCUAAGUGGGAGGGUCAAGCAUUCUGUGUUCCCUUGAAAGAGAAAGGAAUUGGGUGUCCCUUUAGGCCACCCAUUGGCACCAACCCCCUCUCCUAUCCCCAGUUUCGUUCCAGAAUAGACAUACUCUCCCAGAGUGAUCUCACACAGAAAACUUCCAUCUGCAUGGAAUCAGAUACACAGAGUUGCACACCAGCACCAGAUCGGAUCACCUGGAGACACUGUUGCUUGGUGCCUGCCAAGGGUGGAGUGGGGAGAGGACUGGAAUCGAAAUUUGGAGGGCUGGACCUGAAGGAGAAGAAGGAGAAGGUAGAGGAGAAGGCCAGCCGGAAAGAGCGAAAGAAAGAAGUAGUGGAGGAGGAGGAGAACGGAGCUGAGGAGGAGGAAGAAGAAACUGCUGAGGAUGGAGAGGAAGAGGAUGAAGGGGAAGAAGAAGGUGGGGAAGGGCAGGGAGGCUGGGCUCCAAAGAACAGUCAGGAUGAGGAAGAAGAAGAAGAUGACGAUGAAGGGCCGGCGCUGAAGAGAGCUGCUGAAGAGGAGGAUGAAGCUGAUCCCAAGCGGCAGAAGACAGAAAAUGGGGCAUCAGCAUGAGCCCCCUGCCAAAAGGGCUGGGGUGGGAAGCCCUUCCAGGGCCUGACGGUGGGGGCAGGAACAGACGAGUGCAGCCACUCUUCACCUGGCUCCUUGCUCUGGGCCCUGCAUCAGAGCUGCCACCUUCUUUCUCCCCAGCCUUCUCAUGUCCACCUCUCCAGACACUGCCCCUCCAUCCUCACUCUGCCAUCGUUCCACCUCCUGACCUGUUCCAUCUGAGCUCUCCAGCUGGUCCCCAGUUCCCCUCUCCUUUUCCUUGCUCUCUUCCUCCCUUCAUCUCCCCAGCCACUCCCCUCCUGGUAGCCUCUCUUUCCUAACCUCUGUAUCCAAGCCUCCUAUCCUGCCCGUCCCUACACUGCCUGAUCCCUGGGUCUCCCUCAGAUCCCCUUCUCUCAGACAGCGCCAGGCCGGGGUGGGGCCGGGGCCAGGGUUGGGACCGAGCCCCACAGCUGCCCCUCCUCACCUUUUUUGUAUAAUUUAAUAAAGAAAUGGUCGCGCUUCUGUUUUUAA